AUGGCUUCAAGAUCUUAUUCCAUAGGAGUAAACAAUGUCACUGAAUUCAUUUUCUUGGGUCUUUCUCAGAACCCAGAAGUUGAAGAAGUAUGCUUUAUGGUGUUUUCCUUCUUUUACAUGGUCAUAGUGCUGGGAAACCUCCUCAUUAUGCUCACAGUUUGCACUGGCAAUCUUUUCAAGUCCCCCAUGUAUUUUUUCCUCAACUUUCUAUCAUUUGUGGACAUUUGCUACUCCUCAGUCACAGCACCCAAGAUGAUCGUUGACCUGUUAGUGAAGAAAAAAACUAUCUCUUAUGUGGGGUGCAUGUUACAACUCUUUGUGGUUCAUUUCUUUGGCUGCACUGAGAUCUUCAUUCUUACUGUCAUGGCCUAUGAUCGAUAUGUGGCCAUCUGUAAACCCCUCCACUACAUGACUAUCAUGGACCGGGACAGAUGUAACAAGAUGUUGCUGGGAACAUGGGUGGGUGGAUUCUUUCACUCCAUUAUCCAAGUGGCUCUGGUGGUACAGCUCCCCUUUUGUGGACCCAAUGAGAUUGAUCACUACUUCUGUGAUGUACACCCUGUCCUGAAACUCGCCUGCACAGACACCUACAUUGUUGGUGUUGUUGUGACAGCCAACAGUGGUACCAUUGCACUGGGCAGUUUUGUUAUCUUACUAAUCUCCUACACAGUUAUUCUGGUGUCUCUGAGAAAGCAGUCAGCAGAAGGCAGACGCAAAGCUCUCUCCACCUGUGGUUCCCACAUUGCUGUGGUCAUCAUCUUUUUCGGUCCCUGUACUUUCAUGUAUAUGCGGCCUGACACUACCUUCUCAGAGGAUAAGAUGGUGGCUGUAUUUUACACCAUUAUCACUCCUAUGCUGAACCCUCUGAUUUACACUCUGAGAAAUGCAGAAGUAAAGAAUGCAAUGAAGAAACUGUGGGCUAGAAAGGUUUCCUGGCAGACUACAGGAAAAUAG